UCUCUCAGAAACAAAUGUCAACAUAACCUCGCUAUAGUUAAGGUCUGACACACGACUGGCCAAACUUAAUUACAUUUUUCACAUUGACGUUGGGGCCUUUUGGGGAUGACAUGCAAGUCGCAAGUUGAUCUUGGGAAAAAUCUCCCGCACGCCACCAAACAAAGGUCACAAAAAGUGCUCACGCAGGUCGAUUUCCACAGGUACUGUUUGUCAUCUAAAGGAAUCUUCGGUUCAUUGGCAACAGCUAUGAGGGGCUCAAACCUGGGUUCAGGAGCAGGAACAUAAGAGCAGACGCACGGACGCGCUGUCCAAAGACCCCGCCUGACCUGACGCACGCAGACGGGACGACGGCCGGACGGUCUGAUGCCAAGCGUCUCCACUGUCAAUCUCACGGCACCACUCCUCCUUCUGUUGCUAUGGGCGACGCAGCCCGCCAUGGCAACCAACUGGCUCUCCCUGGCGAGGCUGCCUCGCUCCAGGCCCGUGUCCGGUGCUGCCCCAUGUGCGCGGCUGAGGGGGCUGACCCCGGGGCAAGUGGGGGUGUGCAGGGCACGGGGGGAGGUCAUGGAGUCGGUACGCAAGGCUGCCGAGAUGGUCAUAGAGGAGUGUCAGCAUCAAUUCCGGAACCGCCGCUGGAACUGUUCCACCACCCCGAGAGGGAUCAAUGUUUUCGGCAGAGUCAUGAACCAAGGCACUCGCGAGGCAGCCUUUGUGCACGCUCUGUCCUCGGCGGCCGUGGCAGUGGCCGUGACCCGGGCGUGCACGCGUGGGGAGCUGGAGAGGUGUGGCUGUGACAGGAAGGUCAGAGGGGUGAGCCCCGAGGGUUUCCAGUGGUCGGGCUGCAGUGACAACCUGUCCUACGGCGUCGCCUUCUCCCAAACAUUUGUGGAUGAACCGGAACGAGCCCGGGGGCUGUCUGCCGGCCGACCGCUGAUGAACCUUCACAAUAAUGAGGCCGGUCGAAAGGCCAUCCUUCACAACAUGCAGGUGGAGUGCAAGUGUCAUGGCGUGUCUGGCUCCUGCGAGCUGAGGACCUGCUGGAAAGUCAUGCCGCCAUUCCGGCGCGUCGGCAUUGUGCUCAAGGAGCGCUUUGACGGAGCCACGGAGGUCCGUCUGACUCGCAUCGGAUCCAGGACUGCUCUGCUCCCCCGCAACCCCCAGGUGAAACCGCCCGCUGCCAGAGACCUGGUGUACCUCGCACCAUCCCCAGACUUCUGUCAGCUGGACCCUGACAACGGCAUCCCCGGAACCGCGGGCAGAAGAUGCAAUGGAACCUCGCGGUUAGCACCGGACGGCUGCGAGCUGGUGUGCUGCGGGCCGGGCUACAAGGCGGGCCGGGCCGAGGUGGUGCAGCGGUGCUCCUGCAAGUUCUCCUGGUGCUGCUCGGUCCGCUGCCAGCAGUGCAAGAACACCGUCACCGUUCACACCUGCAGAGUUUGAAGUCGCUACAGUCCCAAAUCCGAGCCUCCUCCCGAUUAAAAUAAACCUAACACCUUAGAAGAGAGAUCCCCAAACAAACACCCGACAAGACACUCCUGACCCACGGGACAAGGAUAGGACUAUUUUACCACCGAUGACACGUUUAUCUAACUCUUAAUCAUCUUACUUUCAUAAUCAGCAUUAUUUACAACGAAGCAGUGAGGCCGUUCUAAAUUCUAGCGUACAAGUUGACCCACAAGCCUAACGAAAGCCCAAACGGGGUUCCAUUCGUACCUCUUUGCAUGUUUCGUACCUCUUUGCAUGUUUCAUAACUCUGAAACCGACAAGCGGCAGGCACAGUCGUGCAUGCGGCACACUAGCACGCUCAUCGCAAUCACCCUGAAAAGUGGUUUGAGCAUCGAGUCUUCCAUAUCCUGGACAUUUCUUCAGGUCCAUGGACUAGUUUGCUCACUUGCAAGACCGCAGCGCACUCGUCAAACCAUCUCUUACGAGUGAUGCUUUUUCCAUUGAUGGUGCCACUUUUGGUGUGCAAUUAACCCUGUGACUACACACGAGAAGCCUCCUGGGCCAUUCUAGUGGCAACAACAACAAAAAAAAAAAGCCUACAAGUAUUUUUGCCUCACUCGUGUCAGUUUUCCUGCUAGUAUGUCGACACAACAUAGGGUUGUCCAUGUACUAGUACGCUCCUCGUCCCCACUAGCAGGAUAAAUAAUUGUUUUUUUUCACUAGUACGCCAAAGUUGUCCUACUACAGAGGACAAUGAGCGUUUUAAAACCUGAACCUUAAAACGGAUAUCACGGAUAUAGAGUAACUGCUCAAACUACUAAAACAGCUUGGGGGCGCUAGUAGAAUGAUCCCCCCUCCUACCACACACUACUUUGUUUACAUUUCUGCACACUAGUCGGACAAAUUAGCCAACAACUUGUGGACAAAUUAGUCGGUCAACAACUUGUAACUAGUGAGGCAAAUCUUGUGAGCUAGUUGACAACUGCAUGCUGCUCGUACGACUCGUUGCAGCAUGAAAUGCUACGAGCUAACAUCGAGCGUUUCCCGAGGGGUACUAGUCGCGCGCAGAUGUCAACUACUGCAGUUUUGCCUCACUUGUAAGUUGUUCUCCGACUAGUGUGUUGCUCUACUAGGAUGUGGAAUCAAUGCUCCGUUUUCCCAAAGUCACCUCAACUCCUCAGCUAACCGUUUCGACUGAACCGACAAUGCUCUCAAAGCUGACUGUCAGCGCCACGAGCGGAAAGGUUACGGCACGAGUUUUGCGCCCGAGCUGCGUUCACCUGCUUUCAGUUUAUUUAUUGCGCACCGGAGCCGUCGCUGCGCUUCAGCCUCCAGCAGACGAGUCUAAGGCAGAAAAUAACUUCUACUGACAACCGUGUCCGUCUUUGUGUUUUGCUGCCUCACCACCGGUCAAACUUGUACGGGCACUCGCCGUGCUCUUAGCUUUGCUCGUGUCGUCUAAUAAAGUGUCGUAGUUUUGUCCCCACAACACUGUGAAGUGCUUCUUUUGUCUGGUCGUCUUUGAAGACACGCAAAGAAUUUUCAAACCAAUUGCAUGUAGAGACAAUGUUAAAGUAACCAGGUCAAAAAAAGAAAUGUGUCAUUUCAACCAUUUUAUUACAAAUAUUACGCGAUUACAAACUCCCACCAAUUUACUACCAAAGGUUAACAUCUUAAUCGUUCAAGAUGAAGAUCGAUACAAAAUUUUACAGCUGAAUUUUUGUCGUUUUGCAUUAACAAUCACCCUGUUUGUAGUCUAGUGAUGUCACACACAAAAUAAAAUAAAA